UUCUCACGUGUAAAUACUUAGCAACUGUUACCAUGGAUGAAGUAUCCGCUAGCAACCGACUGCACCAUUAUUUACUUUAUAUCUUAUUACUCUUAAAUUAAAGCAACAAAAACAACAACAACAAAAAAAAAGCAAAAAACAAUAAUUCCCUCAAGACUUUUAAUUUCAACCUACCAGAAAAAUGAUCGAUAAAUCACAUUUUUCUUUACUGUGGAAUAAAAGUUACAAUGGCUCACAGUUGAAAGUCCUUGAUUUUGAAACAUAUUGUUAUAUAAGUGACAAAAAUGUAAUCAUAUCUGGGGACUGGCCACCUUUUCAUUUUCCUGGCACUGGAAUCAGUGCAUUUACGGUGCAUCAGAAAGAAAAGUUAAUUGCUUUAUCCGAUAAAUGCUUACAUCCGAAAAUUUACAUCUAUCGUUUCCCUCUGUUUCAAAAAGUUUCCGAAUUUGAAGGUGGUGGAAAAUUAGAAUGUCAGGCUUUGCUAUUUUCUCCUUCUGAUUAUUUGGUCAGCAUCUCAGGACUUCCUGAUUAUGAACUAAAUCUAUGGAACUAUCACGAAGGUCUGAAGCUUUGCACCAUGGAAUUGCCACAGUGUAAUAUAACAAGUAUCUCCUUCAAUCCUAGCAACUGGCAAAAUCUGUGUGUGACCUACUCUGAUAUAAUCUACAUUUACAGGAUAAUGAAGUCAAAUGAUUAUUUUGAAAUGGUGUUAAAAGCUAUUGAUUGUCCUCCACGAAGUAAGACAGUGAAGUUUAAGUAUAAAGAAAAUGAACAACUGCAGCAUCCUGGUUUGGAAAUACCUCUGCCUGCUGUAGCUUGUAUCACAGGAAAGGAAGCUUAUAAAUUACACCAAAAACUUGAAAAUAUUCCUCACGUACAUCCCGUCUCACAGAGUUGGCAGUCAGACUCAGCUGUAUUUAUAGGCUGUGAGCAUGGACAUCUUUUGAAAAUCAGCGAAGAUACUUCAGAAGUUACUAUUAUUUUCAAUCCGGAAGAAGACGAUCCCCAUUCUUCAUUAACAGAACUAGAGUAUGAUGGUGGAUGGGACUUUUCCAUGGACAUUAUUUUUUUUCACAAGAAUAAUUUAUUUACUGCUGGUAAGAAUGGAUAUCUUUGUAUGUUUGAUGUUUCCAAGAAUGAUGCUAUAAAGCUGGUAACUUUCUACAAAAUAGAAUCGCCUGUCACAUCAAUGGUUUAUAAUUCACAAGAUAAGCUUUUGUUAGGAACAUCUGGAGGUGACAUUCAGACACAUGAUAUUGACAAAAUAGACAAUAUUGAAAAACUGGAGGAUGAAUCAAGUUCAGAAUUUGUGGAUAUGAGACCUGUCUAUCCUGGAACAACAGUUGCAGUUUCUGCUCGACAAAAUGGUUUGAUUGAAUUUUGGGAGAUGAAAACUGGGAAAAAACUUUCUACUAUUGAUUUAGAAAAUGAGGUAUCCUCCAUGAACAGUCACCCUAGCUGUAAUGUUGUCAUUGUAGGACUCCGUACUGGUAGACUUUGUGUGCUAGAUGUCACUGAAACGGCAGCACCCCGUCUAAUUUAUACUAAAGCACUUUGUUCAUAUUCACUUACUUGUUUACACUAUGACCAGCAGGCUCAGUACCUGUUUGUUCUCUGUGACAAUAAGAUUAUCUUCAUCCUUGAUGCUGGUAUUAAGACCCGUUAUAAAAUAUAUGGCUUUGUAGAAAUGCCCAACUUGUUACUGUCUAUUGUCACAGAGAGUGCUGCUGGUGUCAAGGUUUAUGUCUCUGCUGCAUCUGACUAUGUGGAACAAGAAACAGAAUUCAAUAAACUUAUAUUUUUCUAUUUGGAACCAAACUUCAAAGAUAAAUUUCAGGAUAAGUAUCAAAGUUCAAUGAGUAUAUUCGACAACGAUAAGCUUUUUAUGAAUGUGCUUCUACUCACAUAUCCUGGUAGAGGGCUGGUAGCUAUAAAUGAACAUAUCUAUACUACAUUCAAGAAGUCUCAAGAACUUGCACAGAUAAUUUACAAAUUUGAUGCUGAGUCAGAGCGGGGCAUUGGAUGGGAAAUUUCAAAGAGAUUCCCAUUCCACCAAUUUUCUGCUUGUUGCCUAUGUACUAGCUUUGAUGAGAAAUGGCUACUAAUGGCUGGUGAAGAUGGAUCCAUCCAUGCCUUUCUAUGGGCAGAUCUGAGUAAAAUUCAGCUCACCUCAGUCACACAUGACCAUCACAACAAAGGUGUGAAGACUAUCGUUCUGUCAUGGGAUUGUCAGUUCCUUCUGGUCACUGCAUAUGAUGGCACUGCUUCUUGCUAUAAAAUCAAUCAUGAACACAAACUUUUGACCAAACAUCAGAGCCGUGUUACAAAGGAAUUUCAUCAAACGACCAUCAACAUGAAACCUCACCUUGCUAAAAAAGAGAGCAAAGCGUGCAUGAAGCUACAUAGCAUUGGAGUACCAGGUCCAGAGAUGAAUCUCACAGAAAAUACGCCAAUUACAUGGUUGGAUACUCAGAGAAAAAUAGCUCUUGACGAGAAAGAGAGAGAAAUAUCAGAAGAGAAACAGAAAAUAAAAGAUGCAGUUUCUAAGAUACGACAAACUGUACAAGAUAUGCUCAAGGCUAAUGACAACCGUCCAGAUAUUGAGAAGCUGGAGCAAUAUGAAUUUGAUUUAGAUGUUGAGGAGCAAGUACGUCUUCAAGCUGAUGGCGAAGCAGCCAUUCAGAAGAUAUAUGAAAACACUGAAUAUGAAAAUCUGACUAAAUUGUUUGUCAAAGAGAAAAUUAAAGAAGAAUGCUAUGAUAAAAUGUUUGUCAAGGGCCGAUCCCUAAAGGCCUUCCUCAUUCCUCUAGAAGUUGAAAAUUUCCCCCUGAUUGAAAGGUCAAAAGAAGAACUGGAGCUACUGCAAAGGGUUGAGAACAAACGGAAAGUUGAGAAAAUAGUUGAUAUGUUUAACCAAGAGAUAUUUGAAUUAAUAUCCAGAGCUAGUGGUUCACAAAGUGUAGAUAUGCUUGGUUCAAUAGAAAGUAUACAAGAUGAGGAUCGAGAAGACUCUAACAUUGAUAACCAGGACCAAAUACACUACCAGGUUGCUGAAGACAAACCCAAGACAAUUGAAAGCAGAGCAGAAGAGAUGCAAAUGUCCACUGCAAUUGCAGGAAGUUUUGGUUCUGCAUAUGGUGGUGAGAGUGCAUACUUGUAUAACCAACUGGAGCUUCACAGUCGAGACCAGAAGAUAUCACAGAUAAUUCUGUUACAGGGCAUCAUCUACAAAAUAAAGGAAACCUUCAACAAGGAGUUUGAUGAGUUGUAUAACCGCAAAGAAAUAGAGAUUGGCAAAAUCAAAGAGAGGAACAAGCGAGUUAGUGUGAUCAUAGCUGACCUUCAGCUAGGUGAAGAGGUCCUCGUUCCAAAAUUUACUGUAGCGGAGAAACCGGAAUUGGCCUUUGUAGUCGAUGAUUCUGAAGUCACAAUUGAAAGGUACCUGACUGCCGAGGAGAAAAAAGCCAUAGAAGAAGCCAAACGCAUUGAAGAGGAGCGUAUAAGGCUGGAAAGAGCUGACAAUUCCCAUGAAAGAGGUAUAAUGGACAUGAUGGGUGGUGUUCUUGAGAUCAGAAAAGAAGAUGAAUUGAAGAAGGACAUACCGAUGCCGGUUGUUGGACCAAAUGAAGAAGAAUGGACAGAGGACGAAGUGAAAAUGAUGAAAGAAUACGAACGGAAAGUGAAAGAAUUAAAUGAAGAAAGGGAGAAAUAUCGCAAAGGUCUUGAGAGUGAACUGAAGAAAUUACGAGGGAUCAUUCAAGAAAUAAUGGUAGCUUUCGAUGAAUUGGUGAAUGCAUUAUUUCAGAAACACACCCAGGUGUUGAUUGCAGUCUAUCAGGAGGAACUGAAGCUAAACCGUAUCAAAAUGAAUCUGAUGUUGGAAGAUGAAUUUGCUGUUUAUGAAAAGCAUCUGAUUUGGGAAAGGAACAGCAUGAGAACUCAUGUGGAUAACAUUGUUCAACAUGUACAAGACUCCGAGAAAAGAAUGGCAGAUUAUCGAGUGAAAUAUGAACAACUUUUGUUAGAAGACAGACAGUUGGAUAAGGGUUUCAGAAAUGAAUUCCUUGGUGUUGCUGUGGUUUUUCUAGAGACUCUCUACAAGCUAUUCCGGAAACGUCCAAGGGCUUAUAAAUUCAAAACACCAGAUACAAUGCCAUCUGGGGACAUUGUGAUGCAAAGCAUAUAUCACCAAAGGAAAAUUGUGAUUGCUCAACAAGGGAAUGCUUCAAUUGCAGCUGCUCUUAAGGAAUUUGACAAUGACAGCCAACAGCCAGAAGGCUUAGACCAAAAUACUUGGGUAAAGUUAUGCGAGUUAAGAAGAAAUAAGCUUAAAAAAGAAGAAGAGAUAAUGAAAAGUAUUUUAACAUUUGCUGAGAUGGGCGAUUUCCACCAGCAUAAAAUAGAGCAGCUGGAGAAAUCACAUGCUGAAAUGGAUGAGAUUGAAAUGAAAAUAAAGAAACUGAAGAGAGACAAACAACAAUUCCACAUUGACAUUGAUAUACAGCUUUUGAUAAAGCAGGGACAAGUGGAGUUAGAACAUGAUGCUCUGAUUCAUAAUUCCCAAGGGGCUGUCCUAAUACACCGCAGCAUUAUUGAAGAACUUAACACCAAAAUUAAGGAACUUGGAGAACAGAAAAUUUCUAGUAUGGUUGAAAGCAAAAACUUCAAAAAGCAAAUAUUUCAUAAAGAAUGGGAACACAGAAAAAUGAUGAUGAUGAUGGAAGAUCUAAAACAAAAGAUGAAUAUAGUAAAAUUCAUGAAAGUGACCCGUGAAGUACAAAAGUAUUUGGAAGAAGAGAAUUAUAAUGUUUACAAUGCUCAACAAACUGACCGACUGGAAAAAUUACUUGUUGGAGUUCAGACUAUACAUGAAAAAAAACAGUCGAAAAUCGAAGACGAUAUUAACAAGCUAAAAAUGAACAUAAAGGCAAAGAAGAAGGAAAAUGAGAAAUUAGCUAAACAGAUCAAAAUCAUUAAUGUUCAAGUAAAUGAUCGGAGACAUAUCGCUAAUGUCUGUCAGGAAACUCCGGGAACAUACGAGAGAGUGAAAUACUUCAACAUAUGUCACCGCAAGAAGUUGAUCAGCAGAGCCAAGAAACAAGCAGCGGAACUGACCACGUUACGCCAAGAAGUUGAACGUCUGCGAAGAAGAACAUUCCCAGCUUUGAUUUGAGAUUGAGAAAAACAAAAAAAAUCUUUGAAUAAAAAUUACCAUAAAAAUACAAUUAGCUGGUGGAAUUUGUGUUGACAAUUUGAAUAUUUAUCUAUACAAUAAAAACUUAUAUAAAAAUGAUGUUGAUA